AUGAAGUAUGUAAUUUUCCUGUUUAUUAUUUUUCCCUUAACUUUCUCAUACAACUUUCUAGUAUUCUGUCCAUUAUUCGGUCAUAGUCACACAACAUUCUUUGCGAAAAUUGCAGAUACUCUUUCAGAUGCAGGACAUAAUGUGACAUUUUUCACACCAACCGUCACCAGAAAGUAUAAGAAAAUCAACUACGUGAGAGCUACUAAAAAAGUGAUUCACUUGGAGCCAAGUGAGCAACUUGCACUAAUUGGAGACAAAUUUCAAAUGAGUGACCCUUCGAAAUUCUGGAAACAAGACUCAUCGAUAUACGAGAUUUUACCAAUGAUUGAAACGUUUUUCGAGAUGUUUGUGGAGCUUACUAAAGUGCUCGAGGAGAACUUAGAGCUGUUAGAUAAACUUAAAGAAGAAAAUUUCGAUGUGAUGAUAUUUGAGAAUAUUGUGCCACCUGCUUAUAGUGUCCUUGACUACCUUCAAAUCGAAACUUUCAUUCCUUCGACUUCCAUUGCAUUUGACAAUAGCUUAUUGUAUUCGAUCGGAGAACCAUUCAUGCCAAGUGCCAUUCCAUUUCCGAUAUCUGAGUACUCUGAUAGAAUGAGUUUCAGUGAGCGACUUAUCAAUUCAAUCAGUAUUCCGAUCAUGAACACUUUCCUUCCAAAACGAGAAUUCAAGUCUUUCCGUCCACCGUACUCCUUCAUUGAGAUGGCUUCCAUGGAGCCUCUGAGCUCUUUUAUUUUCACAAAUUCCAAUCCAUACAUUGAUUAUCCACGUCCAACACUGGAGAAAAAUGUUCAAAUUGGUGGGAUUUCAGUUCAGAUUGAGAAGUUGAGAAAUAUGAAAGUUGAUGAAGAGUGGGAUCGGAUUCUGAACAUGAGAUCAAAGACAGUUUUGAUUUCUUUUGGAUCUUUUAUGUUGUCAAAGGAUAUGCCAUUGGAGUAUAAAAAAGCUCUAGCAAGAGCCAUGGCCACUUUUCCAGAAGUCACAUUUAUCUGGAAAUAUGAAUCAGAUGACUCUACUACCUUCUCUAAAGGAAUCGAGAAUAUUCAUUUCUCGAAGUGGAUUCCACAAACUGCGCUUCUCGGUGACUCUCGCCUAUCUGCAUUCUUUACUCACGGUGGUCUUGGCAGUGUUAAUGAAGUCAGCUACUUGGGAAAGCCUACUAUCUUGUGUCCAAUUUUCGCUGACCAGAUGAGGAAUGCAAAAAUGCUUACCAGACACAAUGGGUCUAUUGAGAUUUCAAAAUAUGAAUUGGCGGAUUCAGAGAAGAUUGAAGAAGUCUUCAGGAUCAUUUUGUUUGAUACAUCAUACCGAUUGGCCUCUGAAACUCUUGCAUUACAAUUAGCUAACCAGCCGGUGAAACCAAAAGAACUAUUAGUGAGACAUGCUGAGUUCGCAGCACAAUUCGGACGUCUUCCAUCACUGGAUCCAUACUCUCGACAAAUGUCAUUCAUUGAGUAUUUUUUGAUUGAUCUUGCUUUUGUUGGAUUAAUUUCUUUGUUAUUAAGCUCAUUGGUAUUGUUUCUCAUCACGAAGCGAACUUUCAGUUUCAUCAGAUUCAUUUUUUUUUCAGCAGUCAAACUGAAAAUAGAUUGA